AUGCGUUUUAAUGUAUCAUCACAGUCUUAUCCUGAGAAACCAAGGGCCUCACUACACUCUUCUACAUCCCAUUAUAGAGUGGAAAAGUUCUACCUGUUCCGAAAAACAGACGCAGAAGCCUACACAGUUUUUAAACCAGUAACACCAGAAGACCUCAAGUACAGAAUCAUUCUGCUCGUGGGUUUGAUCACAACCACUUUGGCCAUGGCCCCUGACCGCUUUGACAGAGACAAGAUACUCCACGUGAAGCUCCAGGAUGAGAAACAAGCAAACAUCAUCAAAGACUUGGCCAAAUCCAAUGAGCUGGACUUCUGGCAUCCAGACGCUUCCCACCACGUGGCUGCCAACAUGACAGUGGAUUUCUGAGUUAGAGAGAAGGACCUCCAGCCUAUUCAGUCUGCCCUGGAUCAAAAUGACACGUACUAUGAGAUCUUGAUUCCCGAUCUACAACGGGAGAUUGAGAGACAAUUUGAUGUUAAAGAAGCUACCCUGGGCAGCCACAGCUAUACUAAAUACAACAACUGGGACAAGAUUGUGGCUUGGACUGAAAAAAUGGCAUAUAAGCAUCCCAAAAUGGUCUCUCGCAUUAAAAUCGGAUCUACUGCUGAAGACAAUCCAAUCUAUGUCCUCAAGAUUGGGGAAAACGAGGGAAAAAGAAAGGCUAUUUUUAUGGACUGUGGCAUUCAUGCACGAGGAUGGGUGUCCCCGGCAUUCUGCCAGUGGUUCGUCUAUCAGGCCAAGGUUGCAAAAAUGGGCACCAAAGCUCUGUCAACUCUAUAUGAAACCCGCUACAUCUGUGGCCCAAUAGCAUCAAUGCUUUACCCAACAUCAGGCAAUUCUUUAGACUGGGCUUACAAGAUGGGCAUCAAAUAUACAUUUGCCUUUGAGCUCCGAGACGGAGGAAGAUUCGGUUUUCUCUUUCCAGAAUUUCAGCUGAAAUCAACCUGCAAAGAGACCAUGCUCGCUGUCAAAUCCAUUGCCAAGUAUGUCCUCAAGCAUGCCACCUAGAGAACUGCCCUCACACUGGUUAAUCCAAGUCAUCCCUACUGUCCCUUCUGCCCGCUCACCCAUGUCCACAGCACACAACUUCCAUGUGACCAGAACAGACCUCUCUAGCUCACUUGUAUCCUGUGUUAUCUCUUCUUCCCUUAUGUAUGCUCAGCAGCAGCUUAACAAACCAGCAUGAACUGAUAACUUUUAACUGUCCUUCUUUGCUCCAAAUGAAUUCUGAUCUAGGAAGAGAACAUUACUUCCAUUAUUGUUGAGAUGAUGCAGUAUCUCUAGAACUAGGUUUCCCAGAAAUCACAUUUCAUCAGAAUCCUCUAAUUCUCCAGGAACAGAGUCUCACCAUGUAGCUUCAUCAUGCCAUAUGCUAAUGCAGUAACAACUAAUGGGCACCUCUAUACCUUAAAAUGCAUAUGUAUGCAUCAAUAAAA